AUGUGUCGUAGGACGCGAAAGCAUUUUCCUUCCGUCUGUCUCCUCGCGUUCCUGUCCCUCCUCGUGCUCCAUCUCCAGUUGGACUCGGAAGUGAAGAGAGAGGAGAAGCUGAUCGCGCAACAGCCUACACAGCCGACCCUGUCCGAGUUCGAACCCUGCGAGUGCAUCGUGUCCUCGCGGAGGUGUCGCCCCGAGGAUCGCUUUAAGGUGCCGGAUCUGAAUGCGUCGCGGAGCGAAGACGAAGACCUCAUGGGGCUGCCGUUCGCCGAGUCAGUCCCGGAGUGGUACUUGAAGGAGGCGUUCGGUCGGAGGCGGGCGGUGGGGGGCGGGAAUCGCACGGUGACGUAUCCUCAUUGCAGUUUCAAGCGGUUUCGUUCUUCGGAGACGAAGACUUGUCUGCACGCUCGGAGGAGUUCCGGGUUGAGCGCGAAAUUUCUCUUCGUUGGAGAUUCCCGAGUGAGGAAUCGAUUCACGGCCCUGCUCAACCUUUCCCGAGAAAUGGACAUCAUCGUGAAUUACAACCGAAAAGACUGGGUGAGGCUCGAUGACUACUUGUAUCCGAUGAAGCGCGUGCACGACGACAUCGAGGCGCAGAGUCGAAAGGACCACGGCGUCAGGUUCAAGUUCCUCUGGGCGCCCAACUUCACAGAGCCGAUUUUCCUCUAUCUCAAAGGGAUUCUCAAAGUCCCGACGACGUUCUGGCCUGCAGUCGUCGUUGUGGGUGGAGGAAUGUGGGACGUGGCACAUCUGACCAAGAACCAAAGCACUAUCAGCAUGGAGCAGAAUUUCCUGGAAUCCCUCGAUAAACUGGCCCCCCUUCUCCAAUCUCUGGCCAAGCACAUCCCGGUGAUCUGGCAACUCCAAGACCCGAUCAAGGACUGGCGAAUUUCCCGCCUCCACCGUCUGAACACCCUGGCGUCCAGCCACCUCUCGUCCCUCGCGCCUCGGGUCCUCCUCUGGGACACGACCUGGCCCUUGGCCUGGGAGUACAUCCUCGCCUGUUCCAGGCUCAUUCGGGCCGGGAACGCAGAAGCCCAGGAGGAGGCGAAGUCUUGGAGGUGGUGGUGCCACGACCGGAUCCAUGUGGGGUUUCACGUCCUCAUGCAGUACGGGGAGAUCUUGCUCAAUCUCCUCUGCAAUGCUGUCAUGAAGACCGACCCUGGCGACUGUUGCCGCGACUAUGGACGUCCUUAA